AUAAUAUAAAGACGUCUUGGUCGCGGCAGCGCACAAUCGCGUCGCGACCGCCGCCGUGUGUCGAUAUUUUUUGAAUAAUAACGUGUUUAGAGACCGCGCGCUCUCGCGACUUGUGUCCCGCGGCUGUGCUUCGGCAUGUUUUUGUGUUCUUCCGCCGAGUGUGCAACCGAUUGAACAUCGCUAAGGGGACUUUUAGAAGCUGCGUUCGGCCCCGAAUUUUCUUCGCCCGAAUACUAUGGAUUUCCUAAUACGGUCAUCAUUCCUAUUACUAUGCCUAACGCACACACUGUCAGUGCUAGGCUACGAAUACAAUGUCAGCGAAUACACGUCGCACAUUCCGUACGAGCUGCGCGAGAAGGUGCAAUGGGCGCUGAACGCCGAACAAGGCGGCCAUCUGCCCUGUAAUGAUAAAUUCGACGUGCCCUGUCCGCCGAGCAAGUUCCGACAGGCAACGGGCGAGUGUAAUAACAUCCGCCAUUCGGAAUGGGGCGCACGCGGAGCGCCUUUCCUACGAGUUCUGCCACCGCAGUAUAAAAACCAUAAAGAAACUCCACGGGAGUCGGUUUCUGGUCAUGCGUUACCCAAUGUACUGCAAGUUGCGAAGGCUUUCCAACAGCAGGAACCGCAACAUGACCACGAAUCGGUCACUGCGUUACUCGGUGCUUGGAGCGAGUUUCUUUUGCAUGACUUGGCCAGCACUGGUAAUCUGAAGAGUCUGGAUUGUUGUGAGAAGAACGCACAACACGCCGAGUGUUUCGGGCGGUUGGGAAAUGAUGACUGUAUGGAAUACAUGAGGACACUGCCUAGCAUUCCCAAAGAGCAAUGUGUUUUCGAACAUAGAAAUCAGAUGAAUUUAGCUUCUUCCUUCCUGGAUGGUUCCGCCAUUUACGGAAACACUGCCAGUACAGUUGAAAAGCUAAGAUCUUACGACGCUGGUUUGGUGAAUAUCACAGCGUGUCGUGUGUGUCACGCCAACGCAUUGUACUCCGCCAUCUUGCGAGAACACAAUCGCAUCGCCAUUAAUCUCGCGCAGUUGAAUCGCCAUUGGAAUGACGAGACGCUGUUUCUGGAAUCGAAGCGUAUUGUCGCCGCGGAAAUUCAACACAUCACUUACAAUGAGUUCUUACCCAUUAUCCUCGAUGAGUCCACCAUGGCUAAAUCUGGUCUCCGAUUGAAGUCGCAUGGACAUUACUCCGACUAUUCCAGUAAUCACAAGGCUGGCGUUUACAACGAAGUCGCGCUGUCGGCUCUUCCUAGUUUGUUGUCGAUGAUUCCCGGCGCGCUGAUGAAUGAAUCGGCGGAGAACUUCGCCGAAAUGGUGGAUCUCCUUAUUCGGACCAAAGCGAAGUCGCCGAGUCUGCACAUGGUUGUGCCAUUAAGAUCCGAGUGGGAUACAAGCGCCCUGUUGAUUCACAUGGGUCGUGACCAUGGACUUCCAGGUUAUACUAAAUUCGCGCAAAUCUGUAGUAAUAAAACUUUGACUAGUUUCGAGCAGUUGUCUGAGAUGGGCAUAGGUGCCAAAAACAUCGCCACCUUGAGUAAACUCUACGGAAAUGUGCAGAAUGUUGAUUUAUUAGUUGGAGCUAUUUUGGAAGCUCCCACACCGGGUGCUGCUGUUGGUCCCACUACAACCUGCCUCAUUGAAAGACAAUUCAAUCUCCUAAGGAGAUCUGACAGAUUCUGGUAUGAAAAUGACCUACCUCCAAGUUCUUUAACUCCGGAGCAAUUGAAGGAGAUUAGAAAGGUUACGCUUGCUGGUCUGCUAUGCGCAAACACUGAUGAUUUAGAUGCUAUCCAACCGAAAGCUUUUGUCCAAGAAAAUCCGUUCUUGAAUGCAAGGUUAAGUUGUGAACAACAUCCGUUACCACAAUUGACACCCUGGUUGGAAAUGGAUCAUAUGACUGAUGUGAGUGAGGAUAUGUUAAUGGAUGCCAUUGUCAAGGCCGAGCAUGAUGUCCUCAUGCGUAGGAAAAUGGAAUACGAAGUCUGGUCAACCGUAGGUGGUAUUGAUCCCAAGUCUCAUGCGGGUACAGCUGCUGCUUUCAGUAAAGCAAACAAACAAGCACUUAAACUAGCCAAUUCCUCUCUACUCUUCGAAUUCGCCAGUAAUGAAAUCAUCAAUUCUUUGAUGAACCGGCGCAGGAAGAGACAACUGUUUGAUAACAACGUUAUCAAUUCAGUGUUUCGUGUUGAGCUCUCCGAUGGUCUUCAAAACGUUGACGUUUCCUCAUUAAUUCCUCCUAAUGUAUUGGAUGUAGUCGAACCGAACUGUGAAGAAACUGGUCCUUGUGAUCCCAGUCAUCCAUUCAGAUCCCUGACUGGUCAUUGUAAUAACAUCCGUAAUCCUUCGUAUGGUAAAAGUUUGACCACUUUCGCUAGACUGCUCCCAAGUCAAUACGAAGAUGGUAUUUCCCGUCCGAGAGUCACGGGAGCAACCGGGGCUGCCCUUCCAUCUCCACGUGUUGUUUCCACAGUCAUCCAUCCGGAUAUCAGUAACCUCCACAGUCGCUACACACUUAUGACUAUGCAAUUUGCACAGUUUUUGGACCACGAUUUGACCAUGACACCUAUUCAUAAAGGAUUCCACGAGUCUAUCCCCAACUGCCGUGCUUGUGACAGCCCGCGAACGGUACACCCUGAAUGUAACCCAUUCCCGGUACCGCCAGGUGAUCACUACUACCCGGAAGUGAAUAUUACCUCAGGACAACGUAUGUGCUUCCCGUUCAUGAGAUCCCUACCUGGUCAACUUCACCUGGGACCUAGAGAGCAAGUCAAUCAGAACACUGCCUUUUUAGACGCUUCGCAAGUCUACGGUGAGAAUCACUGUGUUUUACGAGAUCUUAAAGGUAUGGGUGGUCGCAUGAACUGCACAGUCCAUCCGGAGAAGUUCAAGGAUCUCCUCCCGCGCAGUGAUCGCCAUCCGGAAUGUAAAACCGCGUCUGGAUUGUGUUUCAUUGCUGGCGAUGGCCGCGCUUCUGAACAACCAGCAUUGACCGUGAUUCAUACCAUCUUCAUGCGUGAACAUAACCGUAUUAUUGACGCUUUGCGACAAGUGAAUCCCCAUUGGGACUCGGAUAAACUCUUUGAAAACGCGCGUAAAAUUCUAAUCGCCGAGAAUCAACACAUGACUUACAAUGAAUUCCUGCCGAGGAUCCUCAGUUGGAAUGCUGUUAACCUCUAUGGACUGAAACUACUGCCACAGGGAUAUUACAAAGACUACAAUCCUAGCUGUAAUCCAUCCAUUUUGAAUGAAUUCGCCGCUGCGGCGUACCGAAUUGGUCACAGUAUGCUCCGUCCGCACAUUCCUCGCCUCAGUCCGAACUAUCAAAUCAUCGAUCCACCAAUUCUCCUGCGUGAUGGUUUCUUCAAGGUGGAUAUGAUCAUGCAAGCUGGUAUGGUGGACGAAAUCACGCGUGGAUUAGUCUCCACCCCGAUGGAAACCUUGGAUCAAUUCAUCACUGGUGAAGUCACCAAUCAUCUCUUCGAAGAUAGAAAGAUACCAUUCUCUGGUAUUGAUUUGGUGGCUUUGAAUGUGCAACGGGCUCGUGAUCAUGGUAUUCCCUCCUAUAACAACUACCGCGCGCUUUGUAAUCUCAAACGUGCUACUACCUUUGAAGAUCUCGCCAGGGAAAUUCCGCAGGAAGUUAUUUCGCGGUUCAAACGCAUCUACGCCACUGUGGAUGAUAUUGAUCUCUUCCCAGGUGGCAUGAGUGAGCGGCCAUUGCAGGGAGGUCUUGUUGGACCUACCUUUGCUUGUAUUAUUGCUAUCCAGUUCAGGCAAUUGAGGAAAUGUGAUCGUUUCUGGUAUGAGAAUGAAGACCCAGUCACGCGUUUCACCGAACAACAGUUGCAGGAGAUCAGAAAGAUGACUCUGUCGAAGGUGCUGUGUGAUAAUCUCGACGUGCACUCGGAUAUGCAACGCGCUGCUUUUGACAUCCCAUCAAACUUCCUUAACCCGAGAGUGUCUUGUCAGAGUUUACCAAGCAUGGAUUUCAAUGCUUGGCGUGAGUCUACAACCCACGGCUGUCUCAUUGGACAAUCGCAGGUGCAAGUCGGGGAAUCAGCCUUCCCAAGCCCAUGCACUUCUUGUGUCUGCACCACUGAAGGGGCGCAAUGUGCUUCUCUACGUGUGACCGACUGCAAUCAACUCCUGCGUGAAUGGUCCCGGGAGACCAUCCUCCGCGAUGAUGUCUGCACCGCCCAGUGCGGUUUCCUCCUCCGUGGUGACACCGGCUCCAGUCUCAAUCUGUUCCAACGGCCGAGCGGCCCCAGCGAGCUGAAUCAAGAUCUCAUCCCACCGCCGCAGCGCAGCACGCGCUCGCGACCCGUCAACGCGCAGCGUUUCAACGCGAACUUCAAUGGUUUCAAAUUUCCUGACCUGACUCCAUUCGUGGCCAAGUAGGCGGCCGGCUGCUGAAGCUGUCGCAAGCGUAAAAUUACAUAAAAAUACGAUUUUAGUGUCAUACCUAUGCAUCUAUAUGUUUUCUAUAUAUAUCAAGGAAUGGAAACGAACGAUUGGCAUACGAAAUUGAAUUUGUAAAUACUUGCUUUUGGAUCUCGACAUAAUUUGAUUCUUGAUACAUUUUAUAAUAAUAUAUAUUCUCCCAAGCGGGCGGCAAAGAAAUGAGCGUGGCGUGUGCACGUAGUGGACGGCAAUUGAACAAAAUUAAGUAUUUAUGAAACGAAAUUAUCUAAACAUUGUAAAUAUAGUUUAUUACAUGUACUACAUUUUUUAUUGUUAUCGAAGAUGCGCGUUAGGCAAUUUUUAUACAUAGCGGAUUGUUAUGUCUAUUGUAUAUUUAAUCGAAAUUGCGUGUGAGAGUUGGAGCACGGCGCGAAUUAUAUUUUAUAUAUCUUUUAAUAUUAUUCUAAAUAUGCAAUCAGUUCUAUUUUUUGUUUUGUUACCAUUUUAUCAUUUAAAAUAUUAAUUUAAAAUACUUACAUGA